GGGACUUAAAAUCUGUGAUUUGCAGCUUUCCGUUGCUUACUGCAGCGUGCAUUGGCCAGCCGUGUCCACUUCAACCGAGAUCUAUACAGAUCAGCCCAUCCCGUGCGCCGCAGUCGACUGACCUGAGCGUGUGCGUCGCCUCCCUCCCUCAUCACCUCACCCCGCCAGCGGCUGCCAGCAUGGCUGUGUCGACCGUCAACGCGCGUGCCGAUGUGCUCAAGAAGAGCGCCGCGCUGGCCGUCAACUGCAACGCCGCCAAGGGCCUGCAGGAGGUGCUGAAGAGCAACCUGGGCCCAAGAGGCACCCUCAAGAUGCUCGUGGGUGGCGCCGGGCAGAUCAAGAUCACCAAGGACGGGUGCGUGCUGCUCAACGAGAUGCAGAUACAGCACCCAACCGCAUCGAUGAUCGCCAGGGCGGCCACAGCGCAGGACGACAUCACUGGCGACGGCACCACCUCGCAUGUGCUGCUCGUGGGCGAGCUCAUGAAGCAGGUACGUCCAGUGCGUCCGGGGCGUCCAUCGCUGAGUGGAUGGAUGGAUGGACGGGAGGGUGGGUGUCUCACAUUUGCAUGUCUGUCUGUCUGUCUGCCUGGCUGUCUUUGAUAUAUGUCUGUGUGUGUAACAGGCUGAGCGUUAUGUGCUGGAGGGUGUGCAUCCCCGCAUCCUGUGUGAGGGCUUCGACCUCGCCCGCAAGGAGGUCCUGAACUUCCUCGACACCUUCAAGGUCCCCUCCCUCAGCGACAAGGGCGAGCCCGACCGCGAGCUGCUCACCUGCGUCGCCCGUACCGCCCUCCGCACCAAACUCCACACCCAGCUCGCCGACCAGCUCACCGACAUCGUCGUCGAGGCCGUGCUCAUGAUCCGCCCCAAGGACAACCCUGGCGAGGAGCAGUCGAUGCCCAUCGAUCUGCAUCGAGUGGAGCUCAUCCACAUGAAGCACAAGCUGACGAGCGACACUCGGCUGGUGCGGGGGCUGGCGCUGGACCACGGGUCGCGUCACGCGGACAUGCCCAAGCGCCUGGCGCGCUGCAAGAUCCUGACGUGCAACGUGUCGCUCGAGUACGAGAAGAGCGAGAUCAACUCGGGGUUCUUCUACAGCAGCGCCGAGGAGAGGGAAAAGCUCGUGAUCGCCGAGAGGAAAUACACCGACGAGAAAGUCAUGAAGAUCAUCGAACUCAAAAGACAGGUGGGUCGGUGGGAGGGGAGGUGGGGAGGGUGUCGGGCGUGUGGCUGGCUGGGGUGUACAUGUAUGUGUAUAUGUGUUGGUAGGUGUGUACGCCAGAGAGCGGUUUCAGCUUCGUGGUGUUGAAUCAGAAGGGCAUCGACCCGCCCUCACUCGACAUGCUGGCCAAAGAGAACAUCAUCGCACUCAGGAGGGUACGUACAUUCAAUGGAUCGAUGCGCAUCGCACGGCAGCAGCGCCACCUAGCGCACACAAGACAUGCUGUGCUGUAUGUGUGUCUGUGUGUGUUGGCCAGGUGAAGCGUCGCAACAUGGAGCGUCUGACGUUGGCGUGUGGCGGCAGUGCGGUCAACUCGGUUGACGACCUCACACCAGAGGACCUGGGAUACGCCGACGAGGUUGGCCAAUCCACACACACACACAUACACAUACAGAGAGAGAGAGAAUCAUGCACUCAUUCACUCACUGUGUGUGUUGUGUGUCCCUCACGUGUGUGUGUGUAGGUGUACGAGUACACGUUGGGCGACGAGAAGUACACCUUUGUGGAGGGCCUCAAGAACCCCCAGAGCUGCACUGUGCUCAUCAAGGGACCUACCGACCACGCCAUCGCACAGGUACACUGACACACAGACACACGAAGACGCCUGACAUGCAUGGUGUUUUGUUUCUCUUUGUGUGUGUGUGUGGGUGCGGCCAGCUCAAGGACGCGACGCGUGACGGUCUGCGUGCGGUCAAGAACACCAUCGAAGACAAGUUCCUCGUCCCCGGCGCGGGAGCAUUCGAAAUCGCCGCAUACGCUCAUCUACAGGUAAACGCGCACCAAGUGAGUGGUUCGUGUGCCUGCCUCUUGGCCAGCUUGUGUGGAUGGUAUGGUUGGUAUCUGCCGUUUGCGCCUCCUGUAUUACAUCUGUCCACCAGACGUACCAGAAGAGUGUGAGCGGCAAGGUCAAGUUGGGUAUCCAGGCCUUCGCCGACGCCCUCCUGACCAUACCCAAGACUCUGGCCGACAACUCGGGACUCGACGCACAGGUCAGCAAGAGGGAUGGGAGGGGACACACACCUGUAGUGUAUGUGUGUGUAUAUGUGUGUGUAUGUGUUUUGCGUGUGCCCAUGCUAUGCAGGACACGAUUCUUCAUUUGUUGGAGGAGCACGAGAAGACAAAGGAGCCCGUUGGGAUGGACGUCAUGACGGGAGACGCCAUGCCACCCGCCAUGGAAGGUACAAAAGGGCUGUCUGUCUGGAAGCCUGCAGACAGCCACAUCGAUGGAUGGAUGGAUGGAUUGGUUCUGUGCGUUGCGUUGCGUUGCGUGGUGUGGUGUGGUGUGUGUAGGUAUCUGGGACAACUACCGCGUGAAGCGGCAGAUGAUCGGUCUGGCACCCUCUUUGGCGCAGCAGCUGCUCCUCGUGGACGAGGUCAUCAAGGCCGGCAAGCAGAUGAGGGCACAAGACUAGCUGACGGACGAUAGAUAGAUAGGGGCGGGCAGACUAUGUGCGUGCGGUGUGGUAGCCUUUCCUCUCGCUCUCUCUCCCUCCCUCCCUCCCUCCCUCUUGCGUACAUACGCUGCUGCCUUGUCUCUCUACUACCCUGCCUGCUGCUGCCUGCCUGCCUGGAUGUGGCGUCUUGCAUGUCAUGUGUCCCUAUCUACUUCCCUAUCCAUGCCAUGUAUCUGGGUAGCAUAGCAACCUGACCUGCGAGCGAGACACGGACUGUGCAGACAGACAGACAGACAGACAGAGGUUUAAGCAAGCCUGGUGUGGGAGGGGGCGGUGUCGUGUGCCCAUCACACACACGCCUAGCUAUCUUCCUUCGUCGGUGUCGAUAUAUAGAAAGACAGACAGACAGACAGACAGGUUGACCGGACUAUCGCAACGAGCUGCAGGACUGGGUGGCUGCAGCUCGCGCGGCUCAUUGGUAGGCAGCCGUCAGCCUCUAACCUAAGAGGCUGGUGGCAACCUACCGGUGCCUUGGUGCCAGCUGCAGCACCCAGUGCUGCAGACAGUCACAUGUGUGGGAAUGACCGACUCGCUAGCUGAGAUGUGUGAGGGGAUAUAUUGUGGCCAAUCAAACAAACAGACAGACAGACCAGUGAUGGGAUGAGAUGGGUGGAUGGUUCUCGUCACUGUUGGCGCUUCAUGGAUCGUUAGGCCCCUGCCGGUAGGUAGGGAGCGAGUCCAUCGAGCGGCAAGUGCAGUGCAGUGCGUGACACGACACCGGACGUGGUACGUACGUGCAUACGGAGACGAGUGGAUGCUAUGCGUAGGAUUUAGCCGGUUGGCCUGUCCGUGAGUGCGUGUGGCGAACCAUCAACCAACAUUUAUACACACAAUACACG